AUGGACCGAGACCAGCCAGACGGCCCCGCGCUCCACAUCGUCCUAGCCAAGCAGCGGGAGCGAGAAGCAGCUGAACACCAAAGGCAACGUGAUGCUAUAAUAAAGGACUCGCAAAAGGACCAUACGGCAGACAGAUUCGUCGGCGUGGUAGAAGCCAUCGACGACAGGCUCAAACGAUCCACAGUCGGUCUCGUUACCCUCUCCGACUUUCAGCGCGCCAAAGAGUCGCUGGAAGAAGAGGCCCGGCAAGUAGCCGCCAAAACCAAAGCCGAACAAAAGUCACUGUCCCGCGCAAAGAAGGGAAAGAAGCGGGACGUAAAACUCUCCUUUGACGAUGAAGAGGACGAUGCUCCACACAAGAAGCGCAAUGCCAGUCCGUCGUCAAGCGAUGCCCCCAAGGAACGCCUCAGCAAGAACCCCGACGUCGACACUUCAUUUCUCCCGGACCGCUACCGCGAGGAAGAGGAACGCUUACACCGUGAGGACCUCCGCAAGAAGUGGCUGGCGGAGCAAGAGCGGAUCAAAAACGAGACGAUCGAGAUUGUGUAUUCUUUUUGGGACGGCAGUGGGCAUCGCAAGACCGUGGAGUGUCUGAAGGGAGACGACAUUGCAGCGUUCCUAGGCAAGUGUCGCGCCCAAUUCCCCGAGCUACGCGCGACCAGCAUCGACAACAUGAUGUACAUCAAGGAGGAUCUCAUUAUACCCCACCACUACACCUUUUACGACUUUAUCGUGAACGGUGCAAGGGGCAAAUCCGGUCCCUUGUUCAACUUUGACGUCCAUGACGACGUACGAAUGGUUUCCAACGCAUCGCUGGAGAAAGACGAGUCUCAUGCCGGAAAGGUUGUAGAAAGAACAUGGUACAACAAGUUCAAACAUAUCUUUCCAGCAUCGCGGUGGGAAGUAUACGAUCCAGACAAAGACUAUGGAUCGUACAAAGUUAGGGGGUAG